AUGAAGACUUCCGCCAUUCUCGCCGUUCUGGCGCAGGCCCUCAUUGUCACUGCUCAGCCAGUCGAGGGUGACAGAAACCCAGGCACUCGCACCCUGGACCUCCCCAACUUCCCUGGUGGCAGCUUCCCAACCCGCGGUGUUGAGAACCGCGAUCUUCCUCCAGACAACGGUGGCGGUGCCGCUCCCGACCCAGACAAGGUCCAGAUUGUCGGCGUCACCUAUGGCGGCACCGGAUGCCCCGACGGAACCGUCGCCCACGUUCUCUCUGACGACCGCCAAGUCAUGACCCUCAUCUUCGACCAGUACGUUGCCCAGAUCGGACCAAACGUCAACACCAAGGAGAACCGCAAGAACUGCCAGUUGAACAUCAACCUCCGAUACCCCGGUGGCUUCCAGUUCUCUAUCUUCUCCGCCGACUACCGUGGUUACGCCAACCUCGACAAGGGUGUCACCGGUGUCCAGAAAUCCAUCUACUACUUCUCUGGCCAGACCCAGCAGACCUCCACAAGCACCACAUGGAACGGUCCACUUGACAAGGACUACAUCCUCCACGACGAGGCCAACCAGACCUCCACUGUCUGGUCUCCUUGCGGAGCUAACGGUGCUUUGAACAUCAACUCCCAGGUCCGCCUUACUGCCAGCGACCGCAACGCCCGCGGUAUCCUCACCAACGACUCUGUCGACACCAGCUUCAAGCAGAUCGUCCACGUCAGAUGGCAACAGUGCACCAACUAG